AUGGGGAACAGCCUCCAGCCUUACGAGGUGCACCCCUACUCUCGUCCUGGGACCGGCAGCAGCAGGCCAGAGGGGUGCCUGCGAAAACGGCUUCUGUCCAUGUCUAAAGUGCAUCAGAAACCGGAUUCUCUGUGGACGUCAAAACCUCUGCUAGGACCCAAUAGGGCAUCGCCAGCAAAGACCGCAACCGAGGAAGCCAAAGAGCUCACUGUAACCGACGAUGGUCCCCUGGGUGGGCACCCCUGGGAACAGCAGACAAUAGCAGGCAGCUGGAGGUGA